AUGGAGGUGGUCCGUGCACGGCUUUUUUCCCAUACAAAGUGGGCCACCCUCCGGGUCCAGUUACGCAAUUUAAGGGACUUAGUCAAAAUUCGCCCAUUUUCACGUGACCUGGUCCGCACCACCCCCAUCACCCUCCUUCUCACCCCUCCCUCGCCGUCGCCCGCUCGUUCGACGACCGGCAUGUCCUCGCCUCUGCGGCCUGGCGUUCGAGUCUGGGCCGGAGAGCCUCCCAGCCGACGGGGGGGCCGGGAAAUGCGCAUCCCCGGGCGGGUCGCCAACUGGCGAGUCCGGCCAUCUCGACGGAAAGGGUAUGACGAAAAUCCGAAGACCACCAACGUCCGCGCAUGGCAAACCCCUUCGCCGCGUCCAGGGAUAUCGAUGCGUCCGGUCGUGCUCAGUCUACGGCCACAGGACAUGCGUCCCCUUGGGCGUCCCCCGGCCGCAGUAGGGACCCAGCGACUGCCAACUGGCGAGUUCGACUGCCCGUCACCACCGCGCCGCCUCCGGGGCUUAGGGGUUGCCCAGCGGCCGAGGGUUGGCCGUGAUCCCUUAGGGCUCGCCGCACACCCCCUAAUCGCGCACCCCGAGGCCUCACGCGGCCCUGACGGUCUCCGUCUGAUGCCCGUCCCCUCUCCGCCGCCCCGCCGCCCACCCACCCACCCCACGCCACCCGCGCCGUCAACUGGCCGGCUUCCUGGCCACCUCUCCCUCACCCACCCCCGCAGGGCAGGCAGGGAUCGGCGUCCCCGGGGGCUCCAGCACCGCUACGACUGGUUGGGUGGGCCACCGGCCGACGUGCGCCUGGGCAUACGAUGGGGGACACCGGGAGGGAACGCCAGCCCCGAGUCGCCGUGA